AUGUCGAGCAAUCCGUUGGAUUAUUCCUUCACCGUCAACGACGAUGAUCUUGCCUCAAGCGUGUCUGCCAGUAUAAGCUCCACGCCCACGCCCACGGCGUCUCUUCCAGGCCAGCUUCACCGCAGUCAAAGCCAUAGUUCUCACUGGUCUGCGACUGACACUCCCCACCAUCACCACCAAGGCACUUCCUAUUUCCCAGUCGCCAAUCGACCAGCCUCUCCAUCAGUAAGACUCCCAGCCCAUCCCAGUCUGGUUCGAAGUAUGUCCGCCAGCUCGGCGAAGCGCAGGGCGAGGAGCAGCAGUUUGAGCAGCUCGCGCGCGCAUGCGAGGGGAUACAGAGAUAAUGGCGCGACCCUGAGCGAGGAGGACGAGGGCAGCGACAAUGGCAGUGCCAGCGAUAGAGACGACGAGGAAAACAGAGCUGAUCGCGGUAAAGCCAGUGCUUUGGCGAUAAGUGCAGCUGGAGACGACGAGGAGGACGAGGACGGUUCGGACAGGGAGGACGACCCCAUCACUGUCAAGGACCGUCAGUCCCUCAUCAAUGUCGAGCACCCCUUCGGUCUUCGCAUAUGGAAACCAGCGCUGUACAAGAAAUCCAGGUCCGUCACGCGCGAUGCAGAUGCCGCCCUUCACUCCGUUCCCUCUGCCCAAGCAGAACGCCAUUUCCUGCCCGGAAACAUAUUUUGGGUUGUGUGCUUCGGUUGGUGGUUGGCAGUUUCGUGUUUUUCCGUCUCUGCUCUUUUGUACUGCGUGCCCAAGGGUGGUAAACGAUAUUCUAACCUCGUCUUUGGCCUUGGAUGGUAUGUUGCAUGGCCAUUCGGCAAGUAUGUCGAGGGAGAUGGCCACCUGAAAUCACCCUCUGAAGACGAAGAAAGUCGUCUGCAACAUGACGAUGUCGAUGGUCCGUCUUUAUCCAGAAACUCUACUAUUACACCUAGCACUGUGCUUCCUCAACAUUCAAUUUCUGUGUCUCAAAACUCUGCCACAACCAGCGAGAGUACACCUUUGUUUAUUCCAUCUGACAUUCAUUCUUCGACACUCCCUCCUAGAACUUACGGCGCCACUCAUUCAUCUAGCCAGACAAGAUCGUCAGACUCUACAGUUGUGGAGCACGAUUCGAGUGAUUGGCUAGGCCAGACUGUCUUCUGGGCAGCCUUCGUGCUAAUCAUUGCACCUCUGAUGUUGAUAGCAUGUGUCGCUUGUUGGGGACUUAUCGUCCCUAUUCCCAUGGCUAAGCUUAAUUGGGCUCUCAUUCAAUACAUUUUCGCCGGGCCAACGAAAAUCCGUUUCUGUGCAGCUCCCCCAGCCGUUGUCGUAUCUGCUCCCGCCGCAAAUCCCGUCCAAAACGCUGGCGCGUCUGAUAACGAAGCAAUUCCUCCCUUAUCUAGGUUUUCUGUAAAGCAUCCAAGGCUCUCAGAAGGUCAAGUUGCACCUUCUCCUUCUGGUUCGCCAACUUCCACUGUCCUAUUGUGUGUAUACAAGGCCAUUGGGUUGCAGUACUACAAAUAUACUGUCGGAGGUGUCAAUAUCAUAUUCAUCAACCUCCUUCCCUUCGUCUUCUUCGUUAUCUUUGACGGUUUUGUCCUGCUUCCUUUGGUCGAACGCCAUGAAGCCGCUGGAAGACAUGUGCCGGCACUCCUUGAAUUUCUAGCGUCUCGAGCUCUUAUCUUCAUCAUGAGUUUGGCUAGUGUCAUACCCCUGUCCUACUUCAUUGGCAUGGCGGUCGCUUCUAUAUCAGCACAAUCAUCCAUCGGUAUGGGUGCCGUCAUCAACGCCACAUUUGGUUCCCUGAUCGAAAUCAUCCUAUACUCUAUCGCCCUAACGCAAGGUAAAGGACACCUCGUGGAAGGUUCCAUCGUUGGCAGCUUGCUGGCAGGUGUGCUUUUGAUGCCUGGAAUGAGUAUGUGUAGUGGCGCCCUCAGAAAGAAGGAACAGAAAUUCAAUGCUAAGAGUGCCGGAGUGACGAGCAUGAUGUUGAUCAUGGCAUUCAUCGGUACUCUCACUCCGACGCUUUUUUACCAGACUUAUGGGAACUUUCAGCUCGUAUGCAGUGGUUGUCCAGGCGGACACCCUGGGAGUUCAGUUACAACGGAUCAUCCAUGGAAAUGCGAUUAUUGUUAUUACCAACAUCCCGACCCUGUUGAAGAUCCCUUUUACCAAUCUACUGUCAAGAGUUUGAUGUACUUCUGUGCAGCCGUUCUUCUAUUCUCCUACUUGAUUGGUCUUUGGUUCUCUCUUCGCACUCAUGCUAGCCAAAUUUGGCAAAAUCCUCAGCAACUAUUGCAACCUCUUGAAUUGCCAGGUCCAAACCGUCUGCCCGGCUAUCAACGCCCUGCCCCGGGCAGCAGUUCUGCUGCGCCCACCAUCUACCGUGAUACUCGCGGAUUACGCCACAAGCCUAGUGUCGUCACCAAUGCGGAGAGCGAAAGCCCUUCGCGUUGUCAAACACCCACUCCCAGACCCCCGGAGUCGCCUGCUCACCUCGGAGUUGAUUCGAGGGUUGUUUUCGACCGGCGGCCACCUUCUUCUCCUUCGAUGACCAGACGGGUCUCUUACGCUCCCCAGGCCACGGGUCACAACUACACCCCGCUUCUUGAAAGCGUUGAUCUUGCCAUCAAGAACAACGGGCUACAGCCCAUGCAGUUCUCCGAAGCUUUGACCACAGAUGAAUUCACUCGCGCCGUUGCCGUUGCCACCGUCAGCGCGCUCAGACAUCAGCAGACGCACGCCCAGUCUCCUGCAAGACUGAGAUCUUCGGCUGUGGUCACUGAAGUGGAAAGCCAUGGCGCUCACGAAGGACCGGCGUGGAGCAGGACCACUAGUGCUGCUGUGCUGCUCGGAUGUACGGCGCUGUACGCUAUAAUAGCUGAGCUACUUGUUGAUGUCGUAGACGUGGUGCUGCAGGGCUCCGGUAUAGAUGAGAAGUUCCUUGGAAUCACGCUAUUUGCUCUCGUUCCCAAUACCACAGAGUUCAUGAAUGCGAUAUCGUUUGCUAUCAAUGGAAACAUCGCUUUGAGUAUGGAAAUCGGAUCUGCUUAUGCACUUCAAGUAUGCUUGCUCCAGAUACCCGCCAUGGUAGCCUUCUCGGCUUGGUAUGCACCUGACAAGAUGGGAGAAGUGGCCACCACUUUCACACUCAUCUUCCCCCGCUGGGACGUGGUUGUGAUAAUCUUGUCGGUUUUCUUGAUGACCUAUACCUAUAUCGAAGCGAAGAGCAAUUACCACCGAGGAAGCAUUCUCAUACUCAGUUACCUUGUACUUGCAUCAGGAUUCUACUUUGCCCCACAAUUGUCAUCUGACAGGGAAGAAACGGCCGUCGACUGGAACCAACCCCUAUCAGCUGUUACCCAAAUGUUCUCUUUUCUGCGAUCGUAG